CGUCAACUAAGUUUCUUCACUCUCCACUUCAUAAUAUCAACUUCAUUCUAAACAAUUAGAAACAACAAAUUAUAUAUGUCUCCACAAACAUAAAGAAUAUUAAUUGUUUAAGGAAGAUAUAUUAUUUAGAGUAUUAAAUAUACCGGGAAAGUAAUUAUAUGUGUGUGGGCGGGUACCCAUGGGGCGGGUUUACCUAAACCCAAACCCAACCCGACCCGGUGAAUAGUGUAGCGGGUUUAAACCCGAACCCGGCCCAAAACCCUUUCAACACGGGUUUUACCCGCGUUGACCGGGUUGGGUCGGGUGGGUACCCGUGGGUUCGGGUUUUGUUGCCAUCCCUAAACCACUUCCUAAAGCGUAGUAUAGCGGGUUUGGGUUUUAAUGUCAACCCGGGUCCUAGAUGUGAUGACUACUCAGCGAAUUCUUAUUAUUUAGCAGUGAAACUUUAGUGCAGGUUCAAACAAGCAAACAAGCAAGCAAUUAAACGGUUGUUUUCAAGUCGAGAGAGGUCACCCGGAUAUGGUUCCCCCUAGACUGCAGUCAAGCCGGAUUGCAAUUUACCAAGUUCAGUUUUAAUGAUAGUUAUAUUGCGAGAGGUUCUUAAGCAGUUUGAAGUCUCGACUAAAGGUCUCCAGACCCUCCCAAUCUGAGUCCCCAGCGGGCGACUAACCUCCACCGGAGUAAACAGAUUGAGGCCCUAACGAACCAAACCUCCACUACCGAAGUAAAUUCGAUACAGAAUAGUGAAUUGGCUCCUCGACUAAAGUCGCCAAUUAACUACCUUCAAUUAAGGGUGCUCUAUCAACCUAGGCAGACAUUCUCUUUCUAGGUUAAAGCAGAAACAACAGGAAUUUGAUCAGGAUUCAUGCCAUUCAAUCACUCAAACCUCAAUUGAAUAUAAUCAAAUCAUAGAAUCUGUACUUGGGUUCAUACAAUCAGACCUAACAUACAAAUCUAGGGUUCUCCAUACCCAGAUGAAUAAGAAAACUACUCCAUAAAGAGAGAUGGAAAAUCUAGCUCAGAUGCGGAAACCAUACUAUGAAGGAUGAUAAUCAACUUCUGGCGCUCAAUCGGAUCUUCUCCAAGCUCAAGCCGGGCUCCAAUGGUGAUGAAGAUCAAGCUAGGGCACUUGGGAACUCUGGUUCGUCACUUUCUCUCUCUAGGAAUCGCUCUGUCUCUCUAAAACUCCGAAAUCCCUUCUCAUUUGGCUCAAAUCUGCCUAAAAGGCCGAUCCUGGGCAAAACACAGUCGAGGGCACGACCGUGCUUUGCUUUUGCCCGCCCGUGCCCUUGCCACGUGUUAAAAACACGACCACAUCUUGGGGAAAACACGGUCGUGCCUAAAGUUGGACACGGCCGUGUUUUUAGUCACUCUCGCCCGUGUUUUGGGCCAGCGCAGGAAAAUCUUGGAUCAAGCCUCGACAGUAAAAGCAUGUUCCAGGAACACGGCCGUGCUUUGGUUUAGGCCAGCCCGUGCUUUGGCCCCAGCUCGACCGAAUGACUUCCAAAUGCCCCGAAACUCGUGCUUAGCCUUUCCUUCGACGUCUAGGACCUGAAAUAUGACAAAGUAGCACAACCCGACGUAAAAUAGGCCAAAAAUACAUGACUACGCCCCGCAAACGGAUAAGAACUAGGGGUGCAAACAUGUGCAAUUACAUCGUUAUCAGUAAACCUGUAUUGCUUCAGUUCUAAGCUUUCAUCUUCUUUUAAUGGUAAUAAUACCUUGGUCUAGCGAUACGUAAUACCACUAGCCUAAGACAUGGAGGUCCCAAAUUCGAAUCCGUUCAGUAGUACAUCGCAGAAAAUGAAUAUAAUGUCACCCUUAUAAAAAAAAUAAUACCUUGGUCAUUCUUCUUAUAGCCAACACAUUCUCGAGUUAUAUCAUACCACUCACUCAAAAAUCAUACAACCCGAAGUCCUUCAAUAUAACAAAACUCAAUGAUAUCAAUGAGGACCCUAUAGUAAAGAAUUCCACCAUCAGUCUCCCCUCUCACUAAGUCACCACUAUUCUAACUGUGUUUGGUCAAUUUACGUAUUCUUGUGUGAAAUCUGAAUCCAUGCAUUGAUAUAAUAACCUGUGUAGUGCAUUCUUGUAAUAUGAAAUGUCAACAUAUUUGAAUGAAUUCAAAAGUUAAAACACAAGUUUAAUAAACAAAUUUAAAUCAAUGAAUUAGUAAUUACCUCAACUAAGAACCACUUAACCAAUUUUUGCUUAUGCACUUCCCCAAUCAUACGAACACCUCUAGCACUUUCUUGGAACACGUUAAGGUGGUUACUAGAACUCUAGUAGCCACCAUGACUACAUUAGUAUCCACCAUCUAUUUUUUUCUAUUUUUUUAAUCUCACGGUUAAGAUUGCUCCUAGGCAAUUUUGGAAUAAAAAAUAAGACCACACCUCAUUAUUCUAUAUAUUCUACGCUAACCCUAACUCUGUCAUCUCUCCCUCCAGCCAAAUCCUAUGGAUGCUCUCUUUCCUCCCCAACGACGAUGAAAUCCGCCGGCCUCCACCGACCAUCCCUACCUCUCUCUCUCUCUCUCUCUCUCUCUCUCUCUCUCUCUCUCUCUCUCUCUCUCUAUCCGAACCUCCCACUUCCGCCCGCCUGUGCCGGUCGUCCCUGUUCCUCCCUCUAUUUCCGGCCUUGGUCCAACGACUCUAAGCGUGAUCGAUAAGCGAGGGAAAGAAUAGUCAACAGAUCAUUAGGGUAAGAAUGUAUGUAUGAUUUUAGGGCUGUUAGCGGUGCGUUUUCGGUUUUAACCGCACCGCCAAGUCGGUUAGCCGAGGCUGAUGAAGAGCAGAAUUCAACAACCGCAAGCUCCGGCGGUUAGCCGAAAACCGAAACCGCCAACAUCGGUUCGGUGAGGCGGUUAGCUGAUAACCGGUAGCAGCUAGCUUUACGGAGAGACUCGUCAGCGACAGCUUAAGGAAUGACGACGAGAUCUCUGUUUCUUAUAAGGACGACGGGCUGACAACGCCGUGAGGACGAGACAACGACUGGAUGUGAAGAAGAGGUCGAUUGGGCGAUAACAAAAAGCAACUCGACAGGACGCCGACGGGACCGCGGCGGGAGGAAGAGAUGACGACUAGACGAGAAGACGAUGUCGUCCGGCACGAGGAUGGAAGCUGGUUGCAGCAGGAGGCGGAAAUCUGGAAGGGAAUGGAGGAGGCAGGGAUGGAGGAAUUUAGGUCACGGGAUUUGGAUAUGGAAUCGACAAAUUGGCUUUGCGGUGUGGUCUUGACGGUUUUUGCGGUGCACCGUCGGUUUCACGGUUAGCAACCGAAGACCGCCCGGUUAGCUGCUUCCCCCAAUUAUCCCAACCGACACCGCUAACUGCAUGUGAUAAACGGUUUUCGGUUAG